AUGCUUUGUGAAGGCAUCGGCGGGGAAAAGGAAGCGGAAGCCGCCGGCAAGAUGGCGGCAGUCGAGGAGGAGGAAGAAAUGGGGAGCAGCUGCAGCUGGAGGAUGAGAGGAGUUGCUGUGGUGUUGCUUCGAGGGCUUCUCCUCUGCGCCUUGGUGGCGGGCUCUGGUUGGUGCAACUCCGUGGAGAGGAAGAUCUAUAUCCCGCUGAACAGGACGGCUUCUUGUGUCCGCUUAAUGAACGCUACCCAUCAGAUAGGCUGCCAGUCCUCCAUGAACGGAGACACCGGGGUCAUCCAUGUGGUGGAGAAGCCAGAAGAUGUGCAGUGGGUGCUGACCGACGGGCCUCAUCCCCCAUAUAUAGUGCUGCUAGACGGAGAGCUGUUUACUAGGGAUUUGAUGGAUCAGCUGAAAGAAAGUUCUCGCAUCUCCGGUGUGGCUGUGGCCAUAGCCAAACCCAGCCCUGUGAAAGGAUUCUCUCCUGCAUCCAAAUGCCCAAAUGAUGGCUUUGGUGUCUAUUCCAGCGAUUAUGGCCCUCAGUACGCUCACUGCAAUAAUAUGGAGUGGAACCCUCUGGGCAAUGGUCUUUUCUACGAGGACUUCAGUUUCCCCAUCUUCCUUCUUCAAGAUGAGAACGAGACUGAGGUUAUUAAGCAGUGCUACCAAACUUACAACCUCCCGCGCAACGGCUCCGUCCCACAGUACCCACUGUGCGCCAUGCAGCUCUUCUCCCACAUGCACGCCGUGACCAGCACGGUCACUUGCAUGCGCCGCACCUCCCUUCAGAGCACUUUCAGCAUCAAUCCGGAAGUCAUCUGUGACCCACUCUCUGAUUACAAUGUAUGGAGCACGCUGAAGCCCGUCAACGUUUCCACAAAGCUGAACUCCACUGAGAAAGUCGUCAUGGUUGCAACUCGAAUCGACAGCCAUUCUAUGUUCUGGAACGUGGCACCCGGGGCAGAGAGCGCCGUUGCAUCUUUUGUAACUCAUUUGGCUGCAGCUGAAGCCAUUCACAAAGCACCGAACGUUCAGUCGUUGCCGAAAAACAUCAUGUUCACCUUCUUCCAGGGGGAAAGCUUUGACUACAUCGGCAGCUCUCGCAUGGCAUAUGACAUGCAGAAAAAUAAGUUUCCGAUUCGGCUGGAGAACAUUGAAUACUUCCUGGAGCUGAGCCAGCUUGCGCCAACGAAUCCCUCUGUCUUCUGGAUGCACACAGAUCCCCUCUCCCAAAGGAACCUGUCUGAUCAGAUUAACACCAUGCUGGUGGCACUGAAGAACAGCACCGCUGGCACCGGGGUGGAAGUACGCGAGAUCAGCUCAUCCCAGGCUCUCCCGCCAUCCUCCUUCCAAAGGUUUCUCAGGCUCAAGGAGAUUCCCGGGGUGGUGCUGGCUGACCACAACACCUCUUUCCAAAACAAGUACUACCAGAGCAUCUAUGACACAUCGGAGAACAUCCUGCUGAACUAUCCCGAGUGGCUGAGCCCCGAAGAGGCCCUGGAUCAUGUGACUGAGACAGCUAAGUCCCUGGCAGAAGUGGCCACAGUGGUUGCCCGUGCUCUCUACCAGCUUGCAGGGGGAAGUGGCAGCACCACAGCUAUUCAGGCGGAUCCAAAGACGGUCACACGUAUGCUGUACGGCUUCCUGGUUAGAACAAACAACAGCUGGUUCCAGUCAAUUAUUAAGGCAGACUUGAAAGGAAUUCUGGAAAACGAACCCCCUCCAUACUACAUUGCUGUCUCGAAACCUGUGAAUGCAACCUACCUCGUGCAUUACGUCUUGGCCAACCUGACGGGCACUGUGGCUAACUUGACCAAGGAGAACUGUUUGAGCUCUGAUGGAGACCUGUACGAGUACGCGUGGGUGCAGGGCCCCCAGGACCCCAACUCUACAUCCAGUCGCCUUCCGUUCUGCGUCCGGUCAGCGGUCCAUCUCAGUUCAGCAAUCUCCCCAGCCUUUGAGCUCCGAGAGUGGGGCUCCACCCAGUACUCCACCUGGACGGAGAGCCGCUGGAAGGAGCUUCAUGCCCGGAUCUUUCUCGUAGCCAGCAAGCAGCUCGAGAUCAUCACACUCAUCGUGGGCAUAGUUAUCCUGAUCAUCUCAUUCAUCGCCACCUACUUCAUCAACGCCAAAGCGGACGUGCUCUUCGCAACCCCGCAGGACUCUGGAGCUGUGGCAUAUUGAAGACCCACUCACAAGGGUUCCCAAGGAGGCCUGCAAAACCGGGCAAGAGAUGCCAGACAGGCAGAUGACUUGAAACGGCUGGUAGAGCAACACUGGAGCCUCUUCCCUGGUUGAUGUGCAAAGUGGAACUGAAAGGAGUCCCUUCCCAAAACCUUGACUGGAAGAAGAUAGUGGAAGUUCAUGGGGAGGGGGGGGGACCUUUCAUCCCUGUCUCUUUGGCCAUCUUCUCCAUACAGCCACGCACAACGAAAGAGUCAGACACUCUGAGAAUGAUGUCCACAUCAGGGACAGGGAGGCGAUGAGUCAGAUACGGAAUCUUCCUCUCCAGGGGUCAGCAAUAGGUGGGGGGGGGGGCAUUCCGCAGUCUCUUCAGGGCUCUGGCCUUUCCUCCACUUUUUUCUCUCCUUUAUAGAUGCAGAUUAGCUGAAGAAUUCCUCCAAUCCUGUAUUAUCAAGAUGCAAAUGAAGAAGGACCUGGGGCGGGUGGUUGGGCUGCCGUGGGGUGGGAAAGGGGAAGUUAGGUGUAAAAUAUCCUUUUUUUAAGAUUUGGAAUUUUUUUGUACAUACAAUAUAAAUAGCUUGGUUUAAUUAAAAAAAACAACACCCUAUUUACUAAUUAAAUCCUUUGAUCCCAAAGCUUUUUCUCUCUCUGUUCCUUGGACCGACCCAAGGAAUCCCAGGGCUUGUGUUUGUGGAUUUGGGGAGGGGUCAGCUUUUCCAUCUCACUGCCUAAACUUUUGAGUGUGUGUGCUUUGUAUGUGGCCGCAACAAGGGCAUUCUGAGACUACAGCUGUUCAUCCAGGUUGCAGAAGAAGGGCUGGUGGUAUCUUUAAUGAGCCUGGAAGUGUGGGUAAGGCAGGCAAAGGAGACCCAAUAUGUGAUGUCAUGUGGUCAAAUUCAGUUUCCUGAGUAACUGAUUUUUAAGAAAGUAAGUUUUCAGCCUGCAGAGCUUUGAAGUAUCUGAUGGUGCCUGGUAUAAUCAGCAAAGAGGCUGUAGGGCAAGUGGGGAAAGAGAACCAUCAGGGAGCUCUCAUCAUUCUUUGCUGAAUCCUCUUUUCAGACCCAUACCCAUGUUAGGCUCAGUUUCCCCCCUCCCCCCGCAUGCACUAAGCCUUCUCUCUUCGACAGGGAGGGGUUAAGAUCCUGUCUAUGUGCUUUACAUGAGAGGCCAGAGAGAAAGGCAGACAUAUAAAUAUUUGAA